AUGGAUAAGUCUUGGAUUAUGCAGCCGCGUAAUUCACCUGCAUAUGAACAAGGUGUUCGGGCUUUUAUUGAUUUUGCAUCACAAAAGCGUGGAAUUGAAGGUGAAAUAUUAUGCCCUUGUCCAUUAUGUGGGUUUAGAAAAUGGCAGAAAAGAGAUGUUGUGUAUGAUCACCUAAUUUGCAGACAAUUCCCAAAAGGUUACACUUUUUGGUUCCAUCAUGGGGAGACAAACAUGGGAGAAGCCAGUAAUGUUGCUGCUGCAUUUAAUGCCAAUGACACCCAUGAAAUUAUGGUUGAUGAAGAUCCAAUGCAGAACAUGAUCAAUGAUGCAUUUGGAGUUGAUAUGCACCACCUAAAUGAGCAUAACCUUGAAUGUGAUGAAGAUAUUGCCGAAGGGGGACAAACAACAACAAAUGAAGCUAAAGAGUUUUUUGAACUAGCUAAAGAUGGAGAGCAACCAUUAUAUGAAGGGUGUACAAAAUAUUCAAAGCUUUCUUUCGUAGUGAAGUUGUAUCACAUUAAACGCCUUUGUGGGAUGACAGACAAGGCUAUGACAAUGGUAUUGGAACUAUUACAAGAUGCAUUUGACUAUGCAAAAAUUCCAAAAUCAUUCUAUGAGGCAAAGAAAACUAUCACUAAGUUAGGUUUGGACUAUCAAAAGAUAGAUGCGUGCCCAAAAAAUUGUAUGUUGUAUUGGGGUGUCAAUGAUGAAAAUAUGCAAACAUGCAAAGUUUGUCACAUGUCCAGAUGGAAGACAAAGAAUAAAGUUGGUGAUAUUUUAAGAUCCGAUGAUGGCUGCAAUAAAAAGAAGGUGCCAGCUAAAGUUGUUCGAUACUUCCCAUUGAAACCGAGAUUACAAAGAUUGUUUUUGUCCUCGAAGACAGCGAAUGAUAUGAGAUGGCAUGCUAUGGAUAAUAACAACGAUGGCAUGAUGAGGCAUCCUCGGGAUUCUGAAGCUUGGAAGAAGUUUGAUUCAAUAAACACCUCAUUUGCAUUAGACCCACGCAAUGUGCGACUUGGAUUAGCUACUGAUGGUUUUAAUCCCUUUGGUAACAUGAGUUCUAGUUAUAGCAUUUGGCCGAUUAUCGUAGUUCCUUAUAAUACCCCUCCGUGGGUAUGCAUGAAGUCUACAUCCUUUAUAAUUUCAACAAUCAUCCCGGGUAAACAAAUGCCGGGGAAUGAUAUUGAUGUUUAUCUACAACCCUUAAUUAAAGAGUUGAAGGAGUUAUGGCAUGAUGGUGUGGAUGCAUAUGAUUCUGUUAAGCGGGAGAUGUUUAAGUUGUAUGCAGCCUUGUUGUGGACUAUUAGUGACUUUCCUGGUCUUGGAACAUUGUCUGGAUGGAACACCUACACUGGACUUGCUUGUCCAACAUGCAACUUUGAUAGUAUACCUUGUCGCCUUCCCCAUAGUAGGAAAUGGUGUUUUAUGGGUCAUCGACGCUUUCUUGACCAAAGACAUAGGUUUAGACUGAACAGGAUUCGUUUUAAUGGACAGCAGGAGCUUCGUCAUCCACCCAAAAUAAUUUCUGGUUUUGAUGUUCUUGAUCAAGUCCAGAAUGUUGAUGUCAUUUUUGGUCGAAGUCGAGAUGUUGGAGGAAAGGGGAAGAGGGUACGUGGCAAUGCAGGUGUUAAACAAUGGAAAAAGAAAAGCAUAUUUUUUGAUCUUCCUUACUGGGAGUCCAACUUACUGCGUCACAAUCUUGAUGUGAUGCAUAUUGAGAAGAAUGUGUUUGAUAAUAUUUUAUACACCUUGUUAGGUGAUAGUGCAAAGUCUAAAGAUCACCUUAAUGCUCGAAAAGACUUGAUAGAAUGGAAGUGUAAGUCAGACCUUUGGCCAAGUGAGAACGGAAAAUAUCCUUUAGCAAUCUACACAAUGAAUAAUAAAGGCAAGAAGGCAUUCCUUAGUACUUUAAAGAACAUUUCAGUGCCAGAUGGUUAUUCAAGCAACAUUUCGAGGUGUAUUGAUGUAGACACUCUUCGAGUUAAUGGAAUGUUAAAAAGUCAUGAUUGUCAUGUAUUGAUGCAACAACUUCUACCAUUGGCUAUGAGGGUAGCAUUGCCUGAACAGGUGUCCAAGAUUUUAAUUGAAUUAUGCUCUUUCUUUAAACAAAUAUGUAGUAAGGUGUUGAACGCCACAAGUUUAGAAAGAUUGCAACAUGAAAUUGUUCUGACUUUAUGCCACAUGGAAAUGUUAUUUCCCCCUUCGUUCUUCACAGUCAUGGUCCAUUUGAUUGUUCACUUUGUUGAUGAAGUUAAGCUAGGAGGUCCAGUCCAUUAUCGGUGGAUGUAUCCUAUCGAGAGAUUUAAUCGACCGGGUCGUGUUGAUGAUGCAUGUAAUGAAGAACACCCUAACCCACGUGUUAAGGAAUUUUUCCUCCAAGUUGGAAAUCCACUUGGUGGUUCUUCAUAUUUCAAUCUUACACUGACAGAAAGAUUACAAGCUCAUAGACAUGUCCUAAUCAAUUGUCCGGCAGUUGAUCGUUAUCUCAAGGAUUUUAGAGUGGAGGUGCGGAGACGCAUUAGACAUCGAACAAGGAGUCAAGCUGAAGUUGACAAAAUAGUUCAUAGAGAGUUUGUUACAUGGUUCUCUAAAUGGAUUGUUAGAGAAGUGGAAAAUUUGAAUGAAAGUGAUAAAGCUUUCAUGCUUUCUCUUGGUCAGGGUCCCAUUGUCCAUGCUAGAAGAUUCAAUGCAUAUAAUGUUAACAGGUUCAAAUUUCGAACCUUGGCACGCGAUAACGGCUUGAAAACUCAGAAUAGUGGGGUAUAUGGUUCGUUUGGCACUAGAAGUUAUUAUAGUAAUAAUGAUCCUCAAAUGAGGUUUGGGGAUGUCUUAUACUAUGGAAAACUUGUAGACAUUAUAGAGAUAAACUAUUGUGGCUUAUUCACGGUUCCUUUGUUCAAAUGCCAGUGGGCUAAUACCACUAAUCCUAGAGGCAUUAAAAAAGAUAAGUUGGGAUUUACUUCAAUUAAUUUCAAUAGACUAAUACAUACUGGUGAACAUGAAGAUGAUGAGCCAUAUAUCAAAGCCUCAGAGGCACAAAUGGUUUAUUAUGUGGAUGAUGAAAUAGAAAAGGGUUGGAGUAUACCUGUUCAUUUGAAGCCAAAAGACUUAUAUGACAUGGGUGAAGAUGAAGAACUUAUGCCUUCCAUAGAGUCAUUUCCAUCACAGAACUUGGAAGAUAUUUUUUUUGAUGAUGCUAUGCAUAUGCAAUUGGCAAGACCAGAUGCUGAUGAUGAGCCUCCUAGUUUUACAAAUCAUGAAGAUGACAAUGAUGAAGUUCUUACAUGA